ACCAUACACCACCCUCAACUCGUGGUGACCACCCUAGAUUGGGGCAUGAUAUUUGUCCCCAUCGCCGUUCGGAAUUUUUCUCAGCCCUCUUACCAACUUUCACAAUGCCUACUACCCUCUCGACUCUCGUUCACUCCGGACCGAUCCAUCUCCUAGCCUUCGGCAUCCUUUUGGGAUCCCAGUUCUACCAGUCAUUUAUUGGCGGAGUAAUAGCCUAUAAAGCUCUCCCCCGCGCUCAAUUCUCCCAACUCCAACAAAAGAUCUUCCCAGUCUAUUUCACCAUCCAAACCGUUCUCCCAACCAUCCUCCUCCUUACUCACCCCUCCAUGUCGCUUACCCGCCUUAUUAACCCCUCGUCUCCCUUUUUCUACAAUUCCGGACUUCCCUUACUCUUUGUUUUCUGCGCAUCUCUGGCCAAUCUGGCUGUGAUUGGACCGGCCACCUCAAAGAUUAUGCGCGAGCGUAAAGUUCAGGAGACCAAGGAGGGGAAGAAAUAUUACGAUGAAGGGCCAAAGAGCAAGGAAAUGGAAGCGCUGAAUAGGAAGUUCGGAGCGAUGCAUGGCGCCAGUAGCUUGAUCAACUUGAUUGGAUUGUUGGUGACUGGUUGGUAUGGUGUUAUUCUUGGGCAUAAGAUCCGGUGGUAGCUUGGGGGCAGCUAGUUUGUUGAGCUGAACGCUUGUACCGAAGGUUGGGGUUUUAUGGAGUGAGAUGCCAAUGGAUGCGCUACUACCGAUAUCAGCAUGAACUGAAAUGCUAAGAAAUACAAUGUUUGGUGGCUUGUUCCUGUGUCCUUACCCUAAUGUUGUAUUCAGCUAGCGAAGCAAUACAGUAGGGUUUCUACAGUGCGAGUACCAGCCUGUGUUAAAAAAAAGAGAUUGGAAAUGUGGAAAUGACAUCUUAGAAACACGGUUGCUUAGUUGGCUUGUGCAUUCUGGACGUCAGAAGUGGUCCGUCCACUUCUCCGCCGUUUUUCGCUUAUGACGGUCUGGCGAGUUCUGGCUUUCGGGAGUGCAGUUCUAGCUAUUUGGUGGUUGUUCAUAAGCUGUGAUGCAAUCUCCUCUGCUAAGGGGACUGCUAUUAGGAGAACCUUGAUACUUGGAAGGAGCUUGAUCGGUUAUCCAAAGAUAAUUUUGAACGGUGAUUUUUCAGCACUGUUCCUAGGAGCUGCAUUAAUUGCUGGUUCUUUUAGGCCAAACAGCGUUUUGGGGUCACAGGUGGAUUAUUUGUAUUCUUUGCUCUGUUUAUUUAUUGGUCUGGUAAUGGUAAGUGGUAGCCACGUCAAGGUUAACCAUAAUGUUUGCCAUCAAUUAAGGGUAGAAAUGUGAUGUGAAUUUGGCAGCUCUAUAAGAUACAAGAGUGGUGGGAUAACCUUAGACUGAAAAUACCACAUAGUGGAGUAGCAGGGCUGUUUGUUGUACCAUGAUGUUUUUAGAGAAGGAAAGAGGUAUAGUAAGUGAAUCUCCUAAAGGAGUUCGGGUCAACUAGAAUCAAGUUUAACUGUUCAUUGCAGGAGAAAGAUCUUGUAAAGUCAAUUAUGAU